UGUCACUUUUUUAUUAAAACAAGACAUCAAGACACCAUCAUUACCACUAUCGUAAAAAGUACCUUUAUAUUUAUUUAGUGACUGCAGCAACAACGUCUGUCCAAACAAUCAUCCUAAAUUAAAUUUUGUUGCUAAGCAGACGAUCAUUGAAAAAAUGAUUGUCUUCUAAUGCCAAAGAUGUUUACCUUAUCUCUUCUGCCAUCUUCGUUUUUGAAUAAAUCAUCGGUCAAACUCUUUUUUUUCAUAACAUUUCUUUUGUUGAUUGUUAUGCCUGCCUUUUUUUGUUGGAGUGAAUAUCAUCUCUACAUAGUGAUUUGAAUCUCUAUCAACUUUAAGUAAUUUGAUGAAACCAUUGAGAUCAGGAUUACUCAAUUAAAAUCAAUUACUAACAGUAGAUUCUUUGUUUGAAUGUGUUAAAUAAAUUUAUUUUACUGCUGAUUGUUUCAUUAUAUAUUCUUACUACUUGACCUGAUCUAAUUUACCGUCAAAAACAUUGUAUGUUUCAACUGGUGUUGAGAUUACAAGUUUUAUUGUAUCAACUAUUACUGUACUUUAUUUGUGAAUCUAUUGUUUAAAAAUUUGAAUUGACUUUAUAGCCAAAAUUGUCAAAUAAGUUCGACUUCAAUUCGUAACAUUCAGUGAUUAUUUAUACUCAUUGAGCUCUCAUGGUUUCGUUGUGUUGCACAUCUAACGGAAAAACAUUCAUUGUCAGCUGUAUCAAUUAUAGCCACACAAGUAAACAAGUUUACAUGACAACAAACCAAGAUCAACAAAAAUUGGUUACUUGAAUUAAUCAACAUAACAUGACUUUUCCAGUUAACUAGUUAACUUGUUGCCUCAAUUAUUUUGUAACUUUUCAUUGAACCUGAAAAGAGAAAUUCUUUACACAGUCACGUUUCUCAAUUGUGUCACUUUUCCUUUUGUUUACAUCUACUAAUGAUCACCAAUUUCACCAAUUCUGAUUACUUUAUUGACCAGCAAUCUGUUACAAUCAUCUGCAAUCAUUUACAAUCUAAAAAUCUUUUUUCUCCAUUUCUCUAACAUUUCAGUGUGAUAAUACUUGAUUCAUCGGAAUGGAGUCACAAAAGGUUUGGGCUCCAGAUCCUGACAAUGGAUAUAUUUUAGGAACUAUCAUUGACAUUGGCUUCGAGCUUGCUACAGUUAAAUGUGCAAACAGCAAUCAGACAAUUAAAGCACCUUACAGCAGCCUUUACCCUGCAGACCCUGAGAUCGAGAAGCAUGUUGACGAUAAUUGUGCUCUUAUGUUCCUCAACGAGGCAACCCUUCUCAACAAUUUGCGAGUCCGCUAUGAACGAGAUCUGAUUUAUACUUACGUGGCUAAUAUCCUGAUCUCAAUCAAUCCUUACUUUGAAAUUCGAAAUCUUUAUUCAUCUGAAGCAAUUUCACGGUAUCAAGGAAAAUCACUCGGUGUUCUUCCUCCUCAUGUUUUCGCUAUUGCGGAUAAAGCCUUUCGUGAUAUGAAAGCUUUCAAGCAAAGUCAAUCAAUAAUAGUUAGCGGUGAAUCAGGAGCCGGUAAAACGGAAGCCACUAAAUACGUUUUAAGAUAUUUAUGUGAAUCUUGGGGAACCAAUUCUGGUCAAAUUGAAAGGUUGAUUCUUGAUGCAAAUCCGGUUCUAGAAGCAUUUGGUAACGCUAAAACUGUUCGCAAUAAUAAUAGUAGUCGUUUUGGCAAAUUCAUAGAAAUACACUUCAGUGGUCAGUUUUCCGUUGUUGGAGGUUUCAUUUCACAUUAUUUACUUGAAAAGUCACGAAUAUGUGGUCAAAGCUCAGGCGAACGAAAUUAUCAUAUAUUUUAUCAACUGUGUGCUGGAAGUCCAAAAGAAAUUUGGAGCCAAUUGAAAUUGGACAAUCCUGAUCAAUUUCAUUAUCUCAAUAGAGGCUGUACCCAAUAUUUUGGUUCAAAAUCAUCAGCUUCUCUCCCAGCUGAACGUCAAUCUCGUGAACAAGCUUCUAAGGGAAGUUUAAAUGAUCCUAUUGUUGAUGAUGCUGUUGAUUUUACGGCUACAGACAAAGCUUUAUCUCACUUUGGAGUCAAUGAUAGACUAGCAAUAUAUAAGGUUGUGGCUUCGGUACUUCAUUUAGGUAAUAUUGCCUUUGAAGAGAGUCCGGAUGAUACCAGGGGUGGAUGCCAGGUAAAAACCGGUUCCUCUUGGACUUCCUUGGAAACAGCCGCAUCACUAAUUGGAAUUGAGGCAGAAGAACUGCAACAAUGCCUUUUGUCGCGUAUCAUGCAAACAAAUAAAGGUGGCCACAAAGGAACUGUUUACCUGGUUCCUCUGAAAGUUCAUGAAGCAUCAGCAGCGCGAGAUGCUUUGGCCAAAGCAUUAUACUCUAAGCUAUUUGAUCAUCUGGUAACCCAGGUAAUCAAUCGCUCUAUUCCAACCUUCCAAUCAUCUUAUUAUGUUGGUGUUUUAGAUAUUGCUGGAUUUGAAUAUUUCCGUCACAAUUCGUUUGAACAAUUUUGCAUAAAUUACUGUAAUGAAAAGUUGCAGCAAGUUUUCAAUGAACGAAUCUUACGGGAAGAGCAAAUUUUGUACGAAAAAGAGGGACUUGGAUUGAAGCACAUUGCUUACAUUGAUAAUAGUGAUUGUAUCAAUCUAUUGGAGGGACGAGCUACUGGAAUUUUUGAUCUUCUAGAUGAAGAGUCAAAACUACCGAAGCCAAGUGCCACUCAUUUUACCGAAUCUGUAUUUGCUCACAAUAAAGAUCAUUUUAGACUUGCUGUUCCCAGGAAAUCAAAGUUGAAAGAUGAUCGUGAACUACGAGAUGAUGAAGGUUUUCUCAUCAGACAUUUUGCUGGAGCUGUUUGCUAUCAAACUGGAUUAUUCAUUGAGAAAAAUGCCGAUGCUUUGCACAAUUCAUUGGCAAGUUUAAUGUCAGAAGCUAAAAAUGACUUGAUUCGUGAAUUGUUCCCGCCAGACCCUUCAACCAACGGUCACACUAAACCAUCAAGUGGUAAGCUUAGUUUCGUUUCGGUUGGUGGUAAAUUCCGAAACCAAUUGAACGAUCUAAUGACCAAAUUGGGAUCUACAGGAACACAUUUUAUUCGUUGUGUUAAGCCCAAUGUUCACAUGAUUCCUCAUAAAUUUGAAGGUUCACACAUUUUAUCACAGCUUCGCUGUUCCGGAAUGACUUCAGUUCUUGAAUUGAUGCAGCAAGGCUAUCCAUCAAGAACAUCGUUUGUUGACCUGUAUAAUUUGUAUAAACAUCAUUUACCUCCUAAAUUAUCACGAUUAGAACCAAGAAUGUUUUGUAGGACUCUGUUUAAAGCAUUUGGACUUAAUGAGAAUGAUUAUCGAUUUGGUUCGUCUAAAGUUUUCUUCAGAUCUGGUAAAUUUGCUGAGUUUGAUCAACUAAUGAAAAGCGAUCCUAAACACUUAUCAGAAUUGGUUAGUAAAGUUGAAAAAUGGCUAACAAUUUCAAGGUGGAAGAUGCUCCAGUGGUGCGCGCUUUCUGUCAUUAAACUCAAGCACAAAAUUCUUUACCGAAGACAGAUGAUUGUCACCAUACAAAAGAAUAUAAGAAUGAUAAAUGCUCGAAGAAAGUAUAGACCUAGGUAUAUCGCUAUCAUGAGAGUAAAGAAAAGUGGGGAUUUAUUGAAGGAUAUGUCUCAAUUGACCCAAAAAUUAAAAUCAUCUGACGAGAAGGAUAAAUUUAAUAAACGAAUGAUUGAAAUAGAGAAAGAAAUCAAUGAUACAAUCCAGAUUUGUCGCACAUCAGCGAACCUUGAUACAAAAGAUCUUGAAUCUCGAGUUAAUAGGAUAAGUGGAGCGCUGAAGGAGCAAAUAGAAUCAUUAAAAAGCAAAAUAGUAGAAGAAGAAAAAUUGAGAAAAGUACAAGAAGAAAUGGAUGCCGAAAGACGCAAGAAAGAAGAAGAAGAUCGUCGAAAGGCAGAGGAAGAGGAGCUUAAACGAAAACGAGCUGAAUUAGAUGAACGAUUCAAACUGGAAGCAUCAGUUAAAUCGAAAGAAGUUGAAGAUUAUGAGUUAGCAAAGAAACUUCAGCACGAACUUGAUCUUGAACUAGAGGAACAACGAAAAAGGGUGGAACAAGAACGACUUGAUCAUGCAUUAGCUUUAAGGUUGGCUCAGGAAUCAUCAAAUGGAGUCUCUGAUGAUUUAACUCGCUCAAGUCCUCUUCCAGCUUCUCCUCCACAUGGAAUCAAAAAAUCUGCAACGGAUAAAAAAUAUGACUUAUCAAAAUGGAAGUACUCGGACUUAAGAGAUAUCAUCAACACAUCUUGUGAUAUUGAGCUUCUUGAAGCAUGCAAAGAAGAGUUUCAUCGACGUUUGAAAGUUUAUCACGCAUGGAAGCUGAAAAAUUCACGCAAUAGAGAGACAAGCGAAGAAGAACGAGCUCCAGAUUCAAUAAUGCACAACCCAGGACCAAUUGACGGUUUAACUGACGGACUUUUGAAUCGAGCAUCUUGCAACGAACAGAGAUACUUUAGGAUACCUUUUGUUCGACCUUCAUCAGCCACUGGACAAAGAGGUUGGUGGUGGGCCCAUUUUGAUGGACAAUGGAUUGCUCGACAAAUGGAAAUUCAUCCAGAAAAAAAGCCUAUCCUAUUAGUUGCCGGCAAAGAUGAUAUGCAAAUGUGCGAACUAAGUCUGGAUGAGACUAGAUUAACGAGUAAACGGGGAGCUGAAAUUCUUGCUGAAGAGUUUGAAAAGGAAUGGUCAAAGAAUGGAGGUGAAUCUGUUAAAUAUCAUCCAAAUGCUGCUAAAAAGAAGUAGAAAAUAUUUAAUAAACCAAAAAAUCUGAAUUGGUUAACUACAAAACUGCUCUUUAAGUGUCUCUUUGAACAAAAUCUCGAUCAUAAGUUGCUGUAUAACAAAGUCUUUUGCUUGAUUUGUUGUAGCUGAGCAGCAAAAUUUACUCAUUCGUUUGUAGAUAUUUUCAUAAUUUUAGCUUAAAACAAUCCUAUUUCAAUUGGAAACAUUCGAGCUUCUAAAGGAUAAAUUUAGACAAAUUAAAUACGACCAAAAUAUCAACUAAGGAAUCUAAUUAAUAAAAUGUAACAUUCAUGCUGGUUUACCUUGCCCAGCCCAUUAAUUUUGGUUAAUUUUUUUAUUUUUGGUAUUGCAUCUUCUUAAACAUCAAUAAAAAAACGUUAUUUAAAACCUCAAAA